AUGACAACCUCUAAACCAACCUUCGUGGUCGAACACCUGGAUCCUGAAUUGGGACCAUGGUCAACCCUAGAGUACGCCUGUAUCGCACGUGAAUCCCAUGCCCGCGGUGCACGAUUCCUACUCAGUUCCGUUCCCGCCGAGCUGCAGAUGCCCGCUGAUUUGGCUGCCACCCAGGGUCUGGAAGUUGAGCAGCGCAGUGUUGAGGAUAUCUUUGCCGAUCGCAAAGAGAAGGUUUGUCUGUUGGAUCCUUCAGCGCAGACUGAAUUGAGUCCCGAGGAUGGAAAGACUUUUGAUGUCUUCCUUUUCGGUGGCAUUUUGGGCGAUGAUCCCCCUAGAGAUCGUACCUCUGAAUUGAGGAAGAAGGGUUACGUUGGUCGUCGAUUGGGUCCUAAGCAGAUGACUACCGACACUGCUGUGCGUGUUACACGGAUGGUUGUUCAUGAGAAAGUUCCCCUUGAGGAAAUUCCCUACCUCGACUACCCUGAACUGCUCAUCAACGAGCAUGAACGCACUGAGAUGCCUUUCCGCUAUGUCAAGGAUGCCGAUGGCAAGCCUAUCAUGCCUGAUGGAAUGGUGGAUCUGAUCAAGAAUGACGCUGACAAGUCUCUCGACGACUUGAUGUAA